UGUACGGUACGGGAUCGACUCUAAAUUUACCAGUAUUAUUGUUUCAACUAAAAAAUCUGCAGAAAAUACAAACAUGCCAGUUUCAUUUGAAGUGACUAGAAAUGAUUUGCUGCAACCGUACAUUAGCGCAUUACUUAAUAGGGUUGUCACGGUAACCGGUAUAGCGGUAAACCCCGGUAAAAAAGUUGACAAUAAAAAUAACCGUCCAGUUUUUAAAAAACUAUAUUAUCUCGGUGGGUUUACCGUGGCCGCGGUUUCAGCGCGGUGACCCUUACCAGCCACCGUCGCUUCAGCUGAAGUUCCGGCGGCGCGCACACGCACUUUUUAGUUUGCAACGGCACCAAAACUUUGAAGCUGAAAUAAUGGCCGAAGGAGGAGACGGCAGCGCCCAGGACAUCCAUCAGCCCUCAAAGAAGACUAAAUCAGAAGUAUGGGCAUAUUUUGGAUUUCUGAAAAACGCUGAGGGACAGUUAAUAGAAGACUGGUAUCCCGUUUGCAGAACGUGCAGGAAACAAGUGUCUGCAAAAGGCAGCAGCACUUCGAAUCUAAUGGCACAUCUGCGUGACCAUCACCCACGUCUCCACAGCCAGUGCAAGGUAAGUCAACAUUAGCAUUUUAGCUUAAAUGCAUGACGUGAGGACUUUUGGUUGAGGGAGAAUGCAACGAGUCACUAUAUACUGCAGCCGCAGCGUCCUCUGCCAGCAUUUAAACCGUGUCACGGACACCCUGUUGCUGGAUGAAGCAUCUUAUUUGUUGAUGAUGAAGAGAAAUAUACAAUUAGUUCCUUGUCAUUGAUUUGUUUACUUAUUCAAUGCCAUUUAUACUUGAACAUUUGGAUUUGAUUACAUAGUGUAGUAGUUGUUUUAGUAAUUUGUUUAAAGUGGCUAUUUAUUUUAAAUACAUAUUUUUUAAGGUUGACUUGUACAGUGCUCAAGUCAAGUGUGGACUGGAGUUUUAGAUUUUCAUUUUGAUAAUGAAGAAAACAAGUAUAUGAGAAAACAAGUGGUGUUUCUUUGAUUUGUUUACAUAUUGUUUAUGUUUCGAAUGUUUGGAUUUGUAUAAUUUAAACCUGCACUGACUACUGUAACAUGUUCCAGAAAAAUAAGCUAUUUGUUCCUUUACUUGUGAAAAGUUGCACUUUUGCUAAGGCUUUGUGUUAUUUUAGGUUUAAUAAACACUGUUAAACCUUUUCUAAACUAUUUCAGUUUGUGUAGAACAGGACUAUCAAUGCUUUCUGAACAUAUGCAACACCGUUUAAAAAAUACCGCGAUAAUACCGAAAACCGUGAUAAUUUUGGUCACAAUAACCGUGAGGUUAAAUUUUCAUACCGUGACAACCCUAUUACUUAACUUUUGAUUUAUUGGUGACAUGUCCUAUCAGCCUGUAAUCCUCUGAGAUGCAGCUGGAUUGUGCUCAGCCUUCCCAGACUACUCUUGAAACAUUUGGCCAGAGGCUGCUAGGGUGAUGCCCCAUCUGUUUUGGAGGAGCAACAGGCCGCAUUUUACAGACCAAAAAAAGAGCCUUUAAAAUUCUACCCUUUUCCUCAGUGGCCCUUUACUGUGGUGUUUUAAUGCAUGCCCUUUGAAAAUACAGGCAACUGGGUGGAGGUUGGAAACAAAUAUAGUAAGCAACAUGGGUGGUUUGCCUCUACUUUUGUUUUUAUCAUUUGCAAUGUCAUGAUGAGUUGAAUAUAUGUUAAUGCAAGUAUUUGACAUAAAAUCUCAUUCUUUUGUUGAAUUCUAUUGGACACAAUUGCAAAAACUUAAAUCGGAUCCUUUCCAGAAUGUGUCAAAGUCAUCUUUGCAUAUGUGAUUUCAAAAUGUGGUCAUAUUUUCUCAGAAUAGAAUAGUAUAUUAAAAUAAAGUUAUAUUUGUAUUCACAUAUUGUCAUUUAUGUUGCAUAUGCUAUGUGUAAUGUUAAAAAAAUACCCUAAAUUAAUCAUAAACCAACCAGACAGCUAGUGAAUUGAUUUAUUUUUCAUCAAUUUGCUGACAUAAUUUAAAAUAGGACAUAUGUUACAAAUAUUGUUUUUACAUUCAUUACAAAUCUUAAAUAUAUUACUGGUUGCAUGCUACACACGCACAUGAUUUAUGGUACUUUCAGCCUUUAAAAAGACGUAGCCAUAGUCAUGCUUGUCAGAACACAGAUAAUUAUUUACGUUUCCGCCUCCCACCUCAGAAGGUUGUCUUGCUUCUCUCUACUGCACUGCUUCUGUUUAAACCUAGAGCAGCUUUGGAAAGUAGCUGUGUGUCACAAGAUGCCAUAAAAACUGAAUAGAUACGGUAUGUGCAAUAAAGAACUAAACCAGACUCGCCUUCACACAACUCAAUCUGAUUUAUGCUCACAUUAAAUUAGAACUUUCUCAGGUUAAAGUUACCAAUAUUUUUGACAUGUAAAAGCCCUACAAGGAUUAUUAAUGUUCUGUGUGAAGCCAUUUAGUAUAGUAGCGACAUGGAGAUGUUAUUGUGUAGAAGCUUUUUUCUUUUAAUAGUUUUUUCAUCAGGGUGUGUAGUUGGGAAUUUGUGGAAAAAUAGGCUAGUUAAUAUCUCUUCUAACCAUAAAAAUAAACUCAAAUUAAUAUUUAACCACACCGUUUCUCAGGCUUUGUUAGCAUCAUUAGCAGUGAUCAUGCAUGUUUGGGGAAAUGAGUGUUUUCUCAGUAGGAGCUGCCUUUAGCGCUAAUGUAGGUGUGUCAUCUUUAAACCUAUUACCGGUUGCUGCAAGCGGUUAUGAAUCAAAAGUGAGCUAAUGUUCUUGUUGACCCAUUCUCGUCUACUCACUUACUACAUAAAUGCGUCUCUGCUUCUGCUCUUGGAUGGAAACCCCUCUGAAAAUAGAUAGGAAAACUUAGGCCUGGUGCUUUUAGCUUGUGUUUUUCUUGGCACAAGCAGCCUUUUUUCCCUUUUGCUGUACCAUGUUAGCAAGGCAUACAGUUAGGUGUCAUUUGUAGAAUAAAUAAAAGCAUAAAAAAAAGAUUGAGAAGAAUUAAGACCCUUUUAAGGCCACAACUGGGACAGAGAACGCUCUCUGAAGCCUUCAGUUAGGCUACAGGAAUGCACUCUCUGUCAUUGUUGUUGUUGGGAUCUAAUCCUUUCACCUGGACCCGAGAUUGACUUUUGCAUUUUGACAUUAGUUCUUGAGACCUUCACUAACCUAUACAUCCAAACAUUUGUUUUUUACGUUUCUUUAGGACCUAUUCAGCAUUGUUAUUUAGUCAUGUUUGGCUGCACAAUAUAUCGUUAGCGCGAUAUCAGCAAGCACAAUAUGCAUAUCGCAAAGAACAGAUAAAUAUCGUAAUGAAUGGUCAGCUCAAAUGUUUGCUACACAUAAUGCAUUCUGUCAGUCAAACGGAAGCAUGAUGUUUUUUUAAGAAAUCAAAUAGAGCUCAUCACCCAUUCGGCCAAUUGGGUGGGUUCUCAUAGGUUAGAUGCCCGCCCCCGAGGCAGACGGCACUUAAUUUUGAUGGUUAGCAAACACCUGAGUUAGCUUAUGGGCCAUUCCCAUCUGUACCUGGUUGGCCCGGCCCGGAUAGCAUAGCUUGCUUACAUAUCUCGGUGGCCUGCCUUUUUUCAGGGUGCAACGAGACUGUUUUUCAGCCCUCUUUCUGAGGGGGUCUGCUUCAGGCUGACCAGGGCCAACACACCCACUGCUGACAGCAAAUUCACACCUUCCAUUACUGCAAGCCUCUGACUGGUGGGUCGAAUCAGCCCACAUGGGCUUAAGGCAUGCUCAAUUCAUUAUCAUGCUGAUUACCUAGAAGCUGAAAAUGUCUCUGACUGCAUUCCUUGCACACCUAAGCAAGGAUGUGUGGAAUCAACCGGGCCAGGCUGGGGCCGACUGGAGCUAUCCGGGCAGGGCCGACCAGGUACAGAUGGGAAUGGCCCAUUAGUUCUGCUCUUACUGCUGAUUCUGCUUUUCCACUGAUUGCCUUUUCGUGUUUAUUUUCUUUUCCCCUUUCCUCACAUUUUUGCUUUUCUCAUUUUUAUGAGUUUUUUUUUGUCAUUUUUUUAUUUAUUUGUUUUUGAUUAUUUUGUUCCUGAGUUAAAUUUUUAUUUAUCACACAUAAUAUCGUCAUUGCAAUAUUAAUCACUGUUAUCGCAUAUCACAGGUUUUCCUAACAUUGUGCAGCCCUAAUCAUGUUUAUUCAACUCCUAAGAUUAUGCAAAAAUGACUGCAAUGCAUCACAUUGGCUUGCACAAACAGACAUUUCAGAAAACAUAAUUAUGGGCUUUGUUGGAGGAAAACGGGUGGUGACCUUGAGGUCACAGUUUGUCACAAAAUCAAAAAGAGUUCAAAGGUUAACAAUGUUUUUAAAUAUUUAGCAAGGAAUUUGUUAUAUUCCUACUAUAUUAAAAAUUUUCUUUACUUUAGUUGCUGCAGAGGAGGUCACCGUUUGUUGGUCCUUUAUGUGACAAUUAAAAUUGCACAGUGGGUUUCACAAAUGUCCUCAAAGGGAAACAUGAAUAAUAGGCGAUUUCCUGCUUUAUAUUUCAGGAAAUGGGCACCAGGGUUUACAUGAUUUAUAAACAAAAUCGUCCUCUAGCGUAAAGUUUUUUGCAAGUUAUGAAAGCCACAUUGUUUACAUAUUUGACAAAGAGCUUUAGUUGCAGACUUCCGUUCCUGUCCCUGUUUGUACCCCGCUGACUGUGUUUUGGAUGGCAGAAAGGUCCAGGACCUGAACUAUUUCUUGGCUAAUCUCCCAUAAUUGGACAAUCAGCCCCUAUUACACCCAUUACAUUUGAGCCUUUGAGCAACAAUGGUUCCUCUCAUCAAUCCUUAGAUCAGUCAGUCUGCACGUUUAGUUGGUUUUAAAGCUCAUAAUUUGUUCCUUUAGUUUUCUAUACAUUUACAAAAAAGCCUGUGAUCACAAGUCAGAUUAGUUUAUUUCAACACAACAUUAGAAAAGUAACAAAAUACCUGCAUGUUGGUUAUUUUCUGCUUUAUUUUUCCAGGUCCCCGAUGACUGACUGUUCCCCUGUCAAACAUGUGAAUAAGUUCUUAUCAUGCAGACGUUCUCAUUUACAAGCAGCGAAGAACUGGGCUUGUUAAAAAUCCACACAGAUCCUGGCAGAGUUCAUCAACAGGAAAGCCCAAAAUAAAUCAGAAAGCCAAAGUCUAUGUGUCAGAUAUAUUUUCUCCCAGGACACAAGCUGAAGACACACUGUGCUGCCGUGACACUCUCGGCACCGUUAAAACAAGCCAGUCCUCUUGUCAUGUGGGUUCAUUCUAGAAAAAGGCCCAUAUUACCCUCACUGGUGUCACCUGCUUUCACGUCACCAUGGAUCGGAAGCGUAACUCUAUUGCUGGGUUCCCUACAUGGCCCGAACGCCUCAAUGACGACAGAGACGGUACUGGAGGGGUAGGAAACGGUGAGAUGGGUCCAUCUUCACAGGUGGGCAGGGUGUGUCCGUCCUCCUACAGAGCCCUCAUCAGCGCCUUCUCCUGUCUGACACGCCUAGAUGACUUCGCCUGUGAGUGGAUCGGCUCUGGGUUUUUCUCAGAUGUCUUCAAGGUGCGUCACCGAGCUUCAGACCAAGUUAUGGCCCUUAAGAUGAACAAACUCAGCAGCAACAGAGCCAACAUGCUGAGAGAGGUCCAACUAAUGAACCGGCUUUGUCAUCCCAACAUACUCAGGUUUAAGGGAGUGUGUGUCCAUGAGGGCCAGCUUCAUGCGUUGACGGAGUACAUCAACGGUGGAAACCUGGAGCAGCUUCUAGACAGCAACAAACACCUGAGCUGGCUCACCAGGGUGAAACUAGCCUGUGAUAUUGCCAGCGGUGUGGCCUACCUGCACUCCAAAGGCAUAUUCCACCGGGACCUGAACUCCAAGAACUGCUUGAUAAAAUGCGAUGAGAGCAGCUACACAGCAGUGGUGGGCGACUUUGGCCUGGCUGAGAAGAUCCCCACCAACCUGGCUGAAGGAGAGAAGCUUUCAGUGGUCGGCUCUCCUUUCUGGAUGGCCCCUGAGGUGCUGAGAGAUGAACCUUACAACGAGAAGGCUGAUGUUUUCUCUUAUGGGAUAAUCCUGUGUGAAAUCAUUGCAAGGAUCCAGGCCGACCCUGACUUCCUUCCUCGCACAGAGAACUUCGGCCUGGACUAUCACACGUUCCAGCACAUGGUUGGAGACUGUCCGCCUGACUUCCUCCAGCUGGCCUUCAACUGCUGCAACAUGGAUCCUAAACUCCGUCCAUCAUUCCCAGACAUCGUCCGGCAGCUGGAUGAGAUUUUCGCUCGCCUUAAAGUUGUAGAGAUGGAACACGAGUGCAGCGAUGACAACGAGAAGAAAGCAAUAACUAAAGGUGAGAAGAUCCAGGGCUUUAAGCGACUGAACCCUCUUGGAUGUCAAAAUGAUAAAAUCCCUCCGAAAUCCCCUCGCCCCAGACGAAACAUCUGGCUCAGCCGCAGCCAAUCAGACAUCUUCUCCUGCAAACCAGGAAGAAAAAUCAAUGUCCAGGACCCUUACUACAACCCCCCCACCUCUUGGACAACCCCUAAAACUCGCAAGAUUAACCCUUUCAUUGCUCGAGAGGAUCUGUGCGGGGGAAAGAUCAAGUUCUACGAUGUUCCCAGCAAGUCGGUCUUCUCUCUGGUGUUUGACCUGCACUCACCUCCAGGGAGCGCGUUCAGUCACUAUCCGUCUCUUAAUCGACCUGGAGGAUCUCAGCAGGAGGCAUCCUUUUACUGGCAGCAGCUGCCAGGGAGACAGUGUCAUUCCUUACCGGUGUCACCACAGCUACCCCGCGCUGAGAUGUGCUACCUUGCCGCCGCUGUCAGCUCCAGUAACAACAGUUCCGUCACCUGCACGUCCAAUCAGCUCUCCGUCACACUUCCAGCUACAAACUCCAAGUCCGACUCGAGCUCGAUGCUAAACGAUUUCCGACAGAAAGCGGCAUCGAGCAGCUGGGCCAAGAAGUACGUCGUUGUGGAGAUCCCACCUUUCUGCAGGCAGAGGGGAGACGGGGGAGGCGAUGAAGGGGUGGAGGGAAGAAUGGAGGAGAUGAGCGGAGAGAGCUGGUCUCCGAUGCUCACCAGCAGUGAAACGGACAGCGGAGAGGCGAUGGACUGCUCCAGCGGUCGAGAGGAAGAGGAGGACAAACGAGAAAGAGGGACACACGCGUGCCCGGUGUGAACUAGUGUCCUGGAUGUAAGGAGAUGGUUUAAAAUCAGAAAAAACAACAAUAAAAAGCACGAGUGUUUUUCAACAUUAAACAUAAAACAUUAAGAUGAAUAAUAUUUUUUUAAGCCAUCAGGUGUGACUCUCCAGCUAGCAGAAGAAGCUUUCAUCCUCUCACCCUGCAUCAGUUCAUUUCUGAAACAAACCUGUUUAUAUUUAAUAUUGUGAGAUGCAUAUUUUUUCUUUAAAACUAUUCUUGUUGCUCUCGUCUUUGGUGUUAAAGAUCCCUUGUUUUUUUUGUGUGAAUUUAAAAAUCUGAUUUUUUUAUGUUCAUUGAGACAAAUCUAAUUCUUUCUCCUGCACUGAAGUCUGAAUAAAAACCAAACCUUCGUUUGGUUUUGCGAACCCUAUAAGGACCUUUUUACAGCAAACGUCCUUUUACAGUUCAUUUCAUUAGGUGAGUCAACUUUAUUUUCAUUUGUCAGAAUUUUUGAAACAGGAUUAAAAUUGCCACAAUGUGGUGAAAAAAGGCCCCAAAAUACUGAUAAAACACCUAAAAUAUACAAUAUAAUAAAAUUAAUUUAAAACAAACCCAUUUCGUACCAAUCUGACCAUGGUUUGCAUAACAAAUGAAAGAAUGUUAAUUUUACAGGCAUUAAAAACAGACACGGUUUCAUGACAACAGUGUUAUAACAGAGCUUGUUACCAUGGAUGUGUUAUAUUAACAUGUUGGUGCUGAGAUGCAUUUCCUUCUAAAAUUUGUUUCUAAAUCAUCCUUUGGCACCUCCUGAUUUGGUAAAUUACUCGCAGAAAAUUCAAGAGUUUCAGUAAAUGGAGUUGUUUUUGUUGGAGAUGGUUUAUUUAAAUGGAAAGCUGCAGGAUUUGAUUUGGUAUCUAUUAUCAGUCCAGUUUUAUGGAAUAUGUUUACUGAAUAAAUUAUAGCUUGUUUUUCCUUCUAAGACUCCUCCAGAUGGGGAAGCUGCUAAUAUUCGUUCUCUUCACUCCAUGAAAUAUUUAACUUGGAUCCAUUACCAGAGUUUAUCCUCUUUUAUGUUGUUUUGUAUUUAAACUUUUGCAGACGUUAAGGGUUUCCAGUGUAAAAAUGUAAUGGUUUGACUUUUAUAUUUUUGUGGCGUUUGCCUCGUCCCCUCUGCCGGCGGGCUUUAGAUAACGCCUGCAGCCACUCGUGAACUUGCACAGCGACGUACAUAAAUGCUCCUGUCACUACUUUUCUAUGCAACUUUCCAUUUUACAGGAUAAAAGAUCUCAUUUGAUAUUUAUGGAAAACAUUGAUGUCUUACUCUUUGUAUAUUUGUGUAAAAAGUUUGUGUUACCUUGCUGGUUGAAUGCGGAUUGAAAAGUUGUCCUUUUUCUGAUCAAAUAACAAAAUUUCCCUCA